UACGUCAUCACUAAAGACCUUUCCUGCCCCUCGUGUCAUAACAUGGUCGUCUUUGAAUUGAACACUGUGGCAACGACAGCAACUGACUGUUAGGUGAACUGAACCUGCGACUCUAGGAUAACUUUACCGGAGCCAUGCCUCGGUACGAACUCUCUCUGAUCUUGAAGGCGAUGCAGCGGCCAGAGACGGCGGCGACUCUGCGGCGGACAAUAGAGACUCUGAUGGAGCGAGGAGCCGUGGUGAGAGACCUGGAGAACCUGGGGGAGAGACUGCUGCCUUACAAGAUAGACAAACACAAUGCAAGGCACAGCCGAGGAUCUUACUUUCUGGUCGAUUUCUACGCUGCUCCCAGCAUCCUGACCAGCUUUCUGGAUCACCUGCACCGAGAUGUGGACGUGGUGAGAUCCACUAUACUGAAGAAGGACGAGCGGGUCUCCAGCAACAACUGCUGUGGUCCCCAACAAUGACUGAAUGUUCCACUGCUCAUAUCCAGGAGAUUUGCCGUGUGAUGCUUCCCCUUUUGACCCUUUUUCAAAGCUGUCGGCCUGCAUUUGGAUGUAAUGACAUAUGUUGUAAUAAAAUACUUUUCCUGUCCUA